CAGGGACUCCCUACUCGAGUCGUCUUCCUCUCCUCCGCGGCGUCCACAGCACACGGCACAACCCGUCGGAUCGCGCUUCGCGGGGGGUCGAGAGUAGGAGAUGUCGGGCGUGACGGCGGACGAGGACAAGAAGCCCGCCGACGGCGGCGUCCACAUCAACCUCAAGGUCAAGGGACAGGAUGGCAACGAGGUUUUCUUCCGCAUCAAGAGGUCCACACAGCUCAAGAAGCUGAUGAACGCCUACUGCGACCGCCAGUCCGUGGAUCUCAAUUCCAUCGCGUUUCUCUUCGACGGUCGUAGGCUCAGGGGUGAUCAGACCCCUGAUGAGCUUGAGAUGGAGGAAGGCGACGAGAUCGACGCGAUGCUCCACCAGACUGGAGGGUGCCUGCGUUGUGCUUAGAAGGAGCUUGCCGCAGCCUCACUGUUCUGCAUCUUGUGCUACCUUAGACUAGAGUAAAAUGUAAGAAGUGAAAGAACUUGCAAAGCUCUGGUCUUGGACCAAAGCUGAGGGUGUUAGAGCUCCCCGCCUGGCUGCAUUUGAGAACUGUUACUGUCGUCACUCCGACUAUCCAUCGCCUAAUAUAUCCAUCCUUGUUGUUGCCA